GUGUAAUCACGGGUUCUGAGGUUCGAAUCAUUGACGAUGACAUGCCCCUUGCUCAAUUUGCUGUUGCUUUCAAUGGAGCAUCAUGGGUAGAUCCUGAUUCUGUUGCACUGAUGGUUAUGCAAUCAAUGCUUGUUCAUGGAACAAGAGUGCUGGUGGAGGAAAGCACAUGGGUUCGGAGCUUGUACAGAAAGCAGCAAUCAAUGACAUUGCUGAGAGUGUAAUGUCAUUCAACAUGAAUUACAAGGACACUAGUCUUUUUGGUGUCUAUGCUGUUGCUAAGGCUGAUUGCUUGGAUGAUUUGGCUUUUGCAAUUAUGCAUGAGAUGAGCAAAUUGUCAUACCGGGUUACGGAGGAAGAUGUUAUCCGUGCACGUAAUCGGCUGAAGUCCUCAAUCCAACUCCACCUUGAUGGUUCAACUGCUGUUGUCGAUGACAUUGGCCGCCAGCUGCUGACCUAUGGACGAAGAAUUUCUACCCCAGAGCUUUUUGCAAGAAUAGAUGCUGUUGAUGCAAGCACUGUGAAGCGUGUUGCAAACCGCUUCAUCUUUGAUCAGGAUGUUGCUAUUGCUGCGAUGGGACUGAUCCAAGGACUUCCAGACUACAACUGGUUCAGACGCCGGACCUACAUGCUCCGUUACUAAGAUCAAUCUGCCGGUGUACCAUGUUUACGGUGUGCAAGGACAAAGAUAAAAUUUGCCUCUUACGACGUCUGUAUAUCAAGGCCUCAGCACUGCACAUCGCUUGCUGCGACAGAGGUUUUUUUCUUCUUCAGAAUUUGUUUUAUUUCUUUUCUUGCUCAGAAUCCACAAAUCUGCCAAUAAUGAUAGGCAGGUUCGACUGACGUGGCUUACUUGGGUGGUCAGCCUAUGUUAUUUUUCUUACAAUGAGUCAUGACCCUUACCGUUCCAUCUUUUGUUGGAAGGUUUUUACUUUGGCAAAUAAUUUGAUGUGGCUCGUUAUAUGUAAAGAUGGUACAGUUUUAGCUUGUGCAA